UAAAACCAGAGCUUUCUCUCUCUAAAACUCUAUCAAAUCUGGAAGAGGACUUGUGAAAACUGUUUUUCACCGGUGAAAUCAGAAGAUUACAAUGUCAUCGGAGAAACUCCUCUGCAACUACGUUCCAAUCAGGCCGGAGACAUUACCGCCGGCUAUUUUCGAGGAAUUGCCGGAGGCAACGAUUGUUUCUGUUUCAAGACCAGACGCCGGCGAUUUUUUUACUCCGGUUCAGUUGACUUACAUCAUUCAGCUUCAAUACAAACAGUUUAAAUGGAUUCUAGUGAAGAAAGCUUCACAAGUUAUAUAUUUACAUAUUGCGUUAAGGAAACGUGCUAUAAUCGAGGAGUUGCAUGAGAAACAAGAGCAGGUUAAAGAGUGGCUGCAUAACAUAGGAAUAGGAGAUCAUCAAACAACUGUUGUACAUGAUAAUGAUGAACCUGAUGAUGGAGCUAUUCCUAUACAUCCAGAAGAGAUUUCUAAGAACAGAUAUGUACCGUCCAAGGCUGCUUUACAAAUCAUCCGUCCAGCUUUGGGAGCACAACACGAUGUUUCAGAAAAUGCUAAAGUUGCUAUGCAAGGGUACCUAAAUCAUUUCUUGGGAAACAUAAAUAUCGUCAAUUCUCGAGAGGUGUGCAGCUUUCUUGAGGUGUCUAAAUUUUCAUUUGCGCAAGAAUUUGGUGCAAAGUUGAAAGAAGGAUAUUUGAUGGUUAAUCAUCUUCCAAAGAUUCCUAAAGAUGAUGGUUGUUUGGUGUGUCCUUGGCUCAACUGUUUCAACAACUGGCAAAAGGUCUGGGCUGUACUUAAACCUGGUUUUCUUGCCUUAUUGGACGAUCCAUUUGAUGCGAACCUCUUAGACAUUAUUAUCUUUGAUGUUCCUUCAGCUACAAGUAAAGAUGAAGAGGCACUUGUACCCUUAGCAGAGAAGAUCAAGGAGCGCAAUCCCCUGUAUUAUGCAUUUCAGGUGUUAUGUGGAAAUGGGAGCAUAAAUUUAAGAACCACUAGUCGUGCUAAAGUGGAGGAUUGGGUUUUGGCAAUUAAUGAUGUUUCUAUGAAACCACUUGAGGGCUGGUCUCAUCCCCAUCGCUUCGGUUCUUUUGCUCCUCCAAGAGGCUUGAUUGAAGAUGCUAGUCAAGCUCAGUGGUUUGUUGAUGGACAAGCUGCCUUUGAAGCAAUUGCUUGUGCUAUAGAGAAUGCAAAAUCGGAGAUUUUCAUAACUGGAUGGUGGCUUUGCCCCGAGUUGUAUCUUAGACGACCUUACCUCAUUCAUGGUUCCUCUAGGCUUGAUGUUUUACUUGAAGCUAAAGCCAAGCAAGGAAUCCAGAUUUAUAUUCUUAUGUACAAGGAGGUGUCUAUUGCACUGAAAAUUAAUAGUUCGUACAGUAUGAAACGAUUUCUUAAUAUUCAUGAGAAUGUGAAAGUUUUACGCUACCCUCACCGCCGCCCUGCGGGUAUUUACUUGUGGUCACACCAUGAGAAACUUGUCAUAGUUGACUAUCGGAUUUGCUUCAUUGGAGGUUUGGAUCUGUGCUUUGGCCGCUUUGACACAAUUGAACACAAUGUUGGUGAUUCCCCAUCUUCCUUGUGGCCUGGAAAGGAUUAUUAUAAUCCAAGAGAAUCUGAACCAAAUUCAUGGGAAGAUACCAUGAAAGAUGAACUGGAGCGUGAACAAUAUCCUCGAAUGCCUUGGCAUGAUGUCCAUUGUGCUAUCUCAGGACCACCCUGUCGGGAUGUUGCAAGACAUUUUGUUCAACGUUGGAACCAUGCUAAGAGAAACAAAGCUCCUAAAGAAGAAGCAAUCCCACUGUUAAUUCCCCAACACCACAUGGUGCUCCCGCAUUACCUGGGAAAUAGCAUGCAGAGAAAUAUUGAAAUUCCAACUGCAGACACUGUGCAGGAGAACUUCUUCGCCAGACAAGACUCAUUUUCAUCGCAAUCGCCAUUGGAAGACCUUCCACUCCUUCUGCCGAUGGAAGUUGAUGGGCUUGAUCAAAUCAAUACUAAUAAUAAGUUAAAUGACAUUAUCGACGAAAGUCAAGACUCUUAUCAACCAAACAAUGAAGUUGACCCUUCUUAUCCAGAUAAGAAAAUAAUCAAUUCUGUGGAUGAACUUAAUUUCAUGGAUGUGGAGGAUGAUACGAGUACUGAUGACAUGACGCAGCAAGAUUCCUAUGACUGGUGGGAAAAACAGGAGAGUGACUAUCAAGACUUUUCCCAUAGUGAAAUUUCACAAGUUGGUCCUCGUUGCCCCUGCCGUUGUCAGGUCAUCAGAAGUGUCAGCCAGUGGUCGGCUGGAAGCAGCCAAACUGAAGAUAGCAUUCAUAGGGCGUAUUGUUCCCUUAUUGAGCAAGCACAGCAUUGCAUCUACAUUGAGAACCAAUUUUUCAUUUCUGGAAUAGCGGGAGAUGACACCAUACAGAAUCGUGUUCUUGAUGCCUUGUACAAUCGUAUUUUGCGAGCUCACAGAGAGCAGACAUGCUUCAGGGUCAUUAUUGUUAUGCCACUUCUUCCUGGCUUCCAGGGAGGUCUGGAUGAUGGCGGUGCUGCAACUGUGAGAGCUAUUAUGCAUUGGCAAUAUCGAACUAUUUGCAGAGGAAAAAACUCAAUACUACAGAAACUUAAUGCACUGUUAGGUUCGGAGACAAACAAUUACAUUUCUUUCUAUGGUCUUAGGACUUAUGGUAGACUCUCUCCGAGUGGUCCUGUUGUCACCAGCCAGGUAUAUGUACACAGCAAAGUGAUGAUUAUUGAUGACCGUGUAGCAUUUAUAGGUUCAUCGAAUAUAAAUGACAGGAGUUUGCUUGGAUCAAGAGAUUCAGAGAUUGGAAUAGUGGUUGAAGAUAAAGAGUUUGUGGAAUCAUCAAUGAAUGGAAAGCCAUGGAAGGCUGGAAAAUUUGCUCACAGCCUUCGGGUCACUCUCUGGGCAGAACACCUUGGUCUUCAACGACAACAGGUUGAUCAAAUCAGAGAUCCCAUAGCUGAUUCCACAUACAAAGAGUUGUGGUUGGAAACCGCAAAGAUUAAUACCAUGAUUUACCAAGAUGUUUUCGGGUGUGUACCAAAUGACACAAUUCAAUCAAGACACGCAUUUAGACAAAGCAUGAACCAUGCGAAAGAGAAAGUAGGACACACGACAAUUGAUCUAGGAGUGGCGCCCGAGAAACUAGAAAUAUUUGAGGAAGGAAAAGAGAAGUCGAUUAUGAUAGAACCAAUUGAGAAGCUGAAGGAUGUGAAAGGAUUUCUCGUUCUGUUUCCUCUUGAAUUCAUGAAAGAAGAAAAUUUAAAACCGGUUUUCGUUGAGAGCGAGUUCUAUGUAUCCCCACAAGUGUAUCAUUGAUUUAAAAAGAAAGUAUGUUAUUAACAUGUACAUUUCAGGUCAUGACCAAAUGGUCGGAAUGAUUUAGAUUUUAGGCAUUUAUUUUAGAUAAUUUGAUUCAUCUAGAGGAGGAGCAGAAGCAGUUGGUUGUGAAAUAUGAAUAUAAUUUGUGUAAAUUGAACAUGCUGCUGGCCCAGAUUUGUAUAUCUUAUUAUUAUUAUUUUUUUUAGAAAUAAGAGACAAUAUAUGUUGUCAAUAAAUAUUGAUUCAUUGCUUCUA